GCGCAACUGAAUAUUGUGGGCGCGUCUUUCCAGUUGUAUCGUUAAUCUUGUGUUAGGUCGUCGUUGGGUCUUCAUCGGGAUCAAAUUCAGGGACUUAGUUCACGUCUAUUACUUUGACCAUUUUAAUGAUUAUCUGGCAAUAGAUUGUAAUGACAGAUUUCAGCGAUAACUGUCUAUCUGGUCUGAGUGACGAAGACGUUAGUGUAAAUCUGAAGAAUUGUAUGUCAAAUCAUCACAGUACUGGAAAGAAUAUAAGCUCUACUAAAAAUAUGACUAACACUUAUAAGCAAGGUGGUGCUCUUCAACAGUUAUCGAGUCUUCUUGGGCAAACUAUGAGACUGGAAAACGUGGCUGACCUAAAAGAAGUACUCAAAUCAGUUGGUACUGUUUAUCAGCGUAGCCUUCCAACAAUACCAAUAAAUGAUCUCCGUGGCGAAGAAGCAGCUGCUUAUUCUCGAGAGGAUUGUGUGUUGAGACGUAGUUUGGCUGCUCUGUAUCGUUUGAUCGAUAUGAGGGGGUGGACGCAUUCAAUUUACAAUCAUAUAUCUGCAAGGUGCACCACAAAUCCCAAUCACUUCUUAAUCAAUCCUUUCGGGUUACUUUAUCAUGAAAUUCAAGCCUCUAGUUUAGUAAAAAUAGAUGUAAAUGGCAAUAUAAUUGAUCAAGGCAGUUCGGUGUUAGGUGUAAAUAAGGCUGGUUGGACUCUUCAUUCUGCGCUACACUCAGCUCGUAAAUCUGUUAACUGCAUUGUUCACGUUCAUUUAGCUGAUGUAAUUGCAGUCUCAUGCCUUCGCGCGGGACUCAUGCCUGUUAGUCCCGAGGCUAUUGAACUGUUAUCAAAUCAUGGAGUCCGCUAUCAUGAGUACAGAGGUAUUCUGGUGGAUGAGACAGAACGUUCUAGCAUUGUGAAAGAUUUGGGCCCUAAAGCAAAGGUGCUGUUUUUACGAAAUCAUGGUGUGGCAGUUACUGCAUCCAGUAUACCCGAAGCAUGGUAUCUCGUUAAACGCGUAGUAGCUGCUUGUCAAACCCAAAUGCGCUUGAUGCAACUAGGCAAUAUUACAAAUUUAUUGUCUGAUUUAAAGGAUAGUCCUGUUCCACUAACAGAUGGUCAAGCUGAUCAGUCAGAAGAAGUACAGUCAGAUACCUUAGACCGAGAAAAAAAUGAUUAUACGUCAUUGAAUGGGAAAGGUGGUAGUGAUAGUGGUGAUAAUUCAUGGACACCAGCUGAAUUGGAAUUUGAGGCUGAAAUGCGUGUCUUGGAUAGCGCAGGUUUCAGAACUGGCCAUGUUUAUCGGCAACCUAAUUUAUUGAGGCGCACACAUCCUGGUUCAUCAUGGCAAGGUGAUGCAUAUGGUGAUCAAAUGACUGGGGCUGAUUUACUGACAACGGACUUUUCAACCAACGAGUUUAGUGGGGUUGAAGAUAUAGCUGCAGCUGAAGCAGCGGGCGCUGAACAAGUGGCCAAAAUUAUUGAUCAUGUUCGUGCCAGUCGUCAAAAGAAUGCACAACGAAAUCAGUGGUUAGCAAAAACUAAUGAACCAUCUCAAAACGGUAUGGUAACCAGCUCUAUGAUCGGAUCACCUCUGAAAUUGUCUGAAACAAAAAGUUCAGGUGACUGUCGUUCGCAUCCAUUCACUUUGGAUUCGUCUGUUUGUUCACCUGUUAGACGAUAUGAACAUGGGAACAAAUCACCUCAGUUAGGAAGCGAUUUCCAUUCUCCUGUUAUACGAAGUCCUCAUGAUGUUUCUGACUACUCAAUUCACAACGGUUCAGUCUCAACUUCAGUAAACACCACGGAAUCCAAUAGUUUAACACCUAAAAAACGAUUCAACGAUUCCUAUGUAAAUAAGAGUGCAACAUUACCUGCCAAUGUACAGCAUAUGUCUGUUAUGUCAAAUUCAAAUACCCUUCAAUCGGUUGAUGGAGAUCUUUUAAAUAAUAAUGGGAGUAAAACUCUUGAGAAAAAAAUCAAAAAGAAAGGAAGCUUUCGAAUGCCAUCGUUUUCCAGAAAAAAGAAACAUUAAUAAUGAACCUUCAUUGAUGUCUAUUACACACCUGCUUGUAUUUGUUUACAGUUCCAUUGUUAUGCAUUCACUUUCAGUUCACUGUCUUCACAUAUAUACAGCUUCAGUUCAAUUUAAAAUAACAGCUAACUGCACUAACUUAAUAAAUGUCACUGCAUAAAGAUACACAGCCAUCAGAUAUUAGUGAUGUUUUCACUUGUUAUAUAUUAUGCCCUUAUAUUUGUUUUUCUCAUUGAUUGUUGAAUUUCGCGUUUUCACUGCUUUACCUUUCUUUUGUUUUGCCAAUUGUUGAUCAAUCGAUAACUUCACUUGAUUAAUUUUUAACUGCUAUUUUUCAGUAUGUGUGUGGUCACGCCUUCGUUCGAAUUAAUACACAGCUUUAUGAUAAUAAUAACAAUUAUUUUCUAUACUGUUUGAUCAUCAGUAUUCGUGAUCAAAACACGUAUUUUAAUUGCUAAACUAUGUGCUUUGUAUUUUGAAAAACAACUGUAUCUCAAAAAGAAAUUAGUCUGAGUAUUUUGCGGCACAUUCAUAAUCUAAACACUUCUCUUCUUUAGUUUUAAUCCUGGAAAUUAGGAUGUUAAGUAUUCUGGAUCAAGUGUAUGUUGAGUAACAUUGUAUGAAAUUUCAAUUUCCUCAUUUUCAUACUGUGAAUAUUUGAUUAUGUAAACACACUAUCAGAGGAUGUUUGGUUUCUAAACUCUUUAACUUUUCUCCUCUGUCCACUAUGAAUCAUUAUUAUGGUCUAACAGUGUAUGAGUUAUAUAUAAAUUAGUUUAUUUUUCGUGACAUACUAUUCCUCUCAAUUUACUCUCCUCCCGUCUUUUUAUAUUCCACAUCUUCGUAAAUGUUCGAUCGUUUUCCUUUGCUCCUUUCAAUUAAGACCAUAUUUUUUUGUUAAUUUCGUCUACUGCAUUGAUAUCUCAUUCAUUUCGUAUACUCAUCUGAAGCUUGUUUACUUGUCCAGCUUAUUAUUUUUGGUUAUGUACGUACAAGUCUACGGCUCACCUUGUAACAUUACAUCGAUAAACUCAGUAUACUCAAAUCGUGUUUUUUCAACGUCCAUUAUUAUAAUAUUUUUAAUAAUAUUAUUUUAGUCGAAUUGCAAUUGAAUUUUUCUGUUUGGUUAUUAAAUAUGUUUGAUGACUGAGUUUUUUAUGAUAGAAAUUUUGUUACUUGUUAACGAUAUUCCUUUCAGAAAUUCAGUUAGGUGUAUAUUGAUUUUUAUUCGCAAUUAAUCAGAAAAUAUUGACUUAUAUCCUAACUCAAUGGACUGUUCUCUAAAUCAGAAUCCAGAUACAUUUCUAUUUUGUAUGUUUUCAUUUGCGAAUGAAGCAUUUUCAUAGUGUCAGUCUAACCACCACUCGAAAUUAAAUUUGAUGUUGUCUGAUUUACCGCAUGGAUUUUAACUCCUUAUAAUGAUUUAUUAUUAACAACAAGACAAGUACCAUAUCUGUUAAUA